AUGCAAUCUCCAACGAACCAAGUCGAUUAUUCAAUUGUCCCGCUCGGUGAACGGCGAGGAAAAUCAGACCUGGCUCGCUUUUCUCUUGACUUGAGUUGGGCCAGAGCGGUACCCGACGGAGCUCAGUCUUGGGCAUACCCCUCUCCGCCCAUGUCAGGGUCUCCUCCACUUCCCGGUAGACACAACCUGGAUUCCAGCGAUCGCGGUCAUGGAAGCUAUGGGUCAACGGGAAAUGUCUUCCGAGAUGGACGCGUUUCUCAACAAGAACAUUUCAAUCAGAUGAGAGGUGGUGUACCUUUAAGGAAUUACCAGCCCGAACCUCAGCUCUCAUAUCCACAAUAUCAGAUGGAAGACAUGUCGGCGCAAUACCAAUAUCAGCAACCUCGGCCGCAGAUGGCGCCCCAUCAACACCCUCAUGCUCUAUAUGCCGCUCAACAGGUUGCGCCAUAUCCAGCACUGGAACGACAAUCAAUUGGGGAAGCCCCCGGCUACAUCUCUCCAAAGUCACAGAGAAAAACUAAAGGGCAUGUGGCAUCUGCUUGUGUACCUUGCAAAAGGGCUCAUCUUAGAUGUGACGCUCAACGGCCAUGUUCGAGAUGUCUAAGCAAUGGGAAGGAGGAUACGUGUGUGGAUGUUCAGCAUAAGAAAAGGGGGCGCCCAAGGCUGAGGGAUGAGCGCGAGCCUCGAUACGAAGGAGCAGGAUCGAAUUAUCCACCGCCGGCAGAUACUAUGAGAAGACCCAUGCCCAUGUUCUCUACUGGCGACGUUUCGAUUUCGACUCCAUAUUCCGACGCCCAGCGAAAUAGCGGCUACAGAGUUCUGAAGUCGCAAGGAGGAAAUCCAAUGAACCACUCCAUGGUUCCCACACCAAUAAAUACCAACGUUUACGGGGAAACGAUGCCGACAAAUCAGCGCAUGGUACCUUAUGAACCGGCAUGUGCAUUUCUCACCAUGGAAAUGCAAAUCGCCAAAACAACGCAGGCUUUUUCGGGAGUGGUCGGUGCACACUCGGUCGUGGGGAGAAAGUUGCAUGAUAUUGUGAGUGUUGGCGAUCGAGAUAAGAUUUUCCGACUGCAGAGCGGAUUCGAAGAUGAGCGACGAAGUCGAGAUCCAAGUUAUCUCCCUCCCAUAUUCUCGAAAGAGGAGGAGGAUAGGGUGAUUCAGUCCUUGACAUUUGCACCCAACGAGAUGCAGCAAUUGAGAACUGAUCGACCAGAAGUCUUUACGUUCCAGACACCAGACGGUCAGCAGAGGGGCUUUCACGUACAACUGGGCCUCGCGAAAAAGGAUUCGAUUUAUUUUGUGCUUCUGGUGGUUCAUAUCCCAACCACGCCGCAAGCAUUCCAACAAUCAUCUUCGCCGUAUUCGAGAGAUUCCUUAUCUCGUGACUCCACUUAUGCAUACCAAACCCCGAGCCAAUUAUCCUAUGCCUCUCAAACCCCGAGAACCUCGCCGUUCAUGUCGAAUCCUCCUUUUGGGAGUGAUAUGUUAGCAUAUCGCAAUCCGGGACCUCCAGCGCAAACCGUCGCCAUGCCAAAUAAUAAUUCUUCAUAUGGACAACCCCCAACAAGAGCGCCGGAAUAUUCCCGCGCGCAAAUGAAUUACCCGCAAGCACCCAUGGGUGAUAUGUUAUCAGGCCAAGCACAACCCCAAACACAACCACCACAACAAGCACAAGCACAAGCGCCCUCACAGCCCCAAACUCAGACGCAAACUCAACGAGCCUCGGAUCUGCAACUCCCGCCCAUCCGUGGACAGGCACCUCCAAUGGAUGUCAGGGGACAGGGUGAUCGUAGUAGUCGGGUGGAUAUCGGCGGACUCCUGCAAAAUCCGGAUCCCUCUCGGAGAAGGAAAUAA